AAUUGUUGAAGAGGCGUUAGGCUAGAAGCUCAGUGGUUAGGACUCCUCAGGAACUAACAACAAUCCUUUGGGAGGAAGAUGGUAGGAAAGGGAGCGAUGAUUAUAUGUUUUUUUCCAUUCCAGAUAAUGAAGAAUUUAUCCUUCUGGUUCUCCCUAGCUCUUGACAAUCUUACGCAAAUAUGAGUUCGAAAAAAACGCCUUCUUCAAUGGGUCCAGGACACUUUGCACAUUAAUGACUACAAACUCUCCCAACAGUGCUGAGGACAAUGCUACGUAUACUAGAAAGAGAUCACUUUGGGAGCUGCAGAAUCUUUGAAUAGGGGUUCAGACAAUAGGCCAAACGAAAACCCCAGACUUCUUCCAGAAAUGGAACAGUGUCUAGGACAUUCGACACACACCUAGCACUGGCCCAGAGGCUGCCGCCUGAGGUUUCCCGAGGACCACAAUGAACAAGUGGCUGUGCUAUGCGCUCCUGGUGCUCCUGGACAUCAUUGAAUGGACCACCCAGGAAACCUUUCCCCCAAAGUAUCUUCAUUAUGACCCAGAAACUGGUCGUCAGCUCCUCUGUGACAAAUGUUCUCCCGGCACCUACCUAAAACAGCAUUGCACGGGGAGGAGAAAGACGCUGUGUGUCUCUUGCCCUGACCACUCUUAUACAGACAGCUGGCACACCAGUGAUGAGUGUGUGUACUGUAGCCCGGUGUGCAAGGAGCUGCAGUCCGUGAAACAGGAGUGCAACCGCACCCACAACAGAGUGUGCGAAUGUGAGGAAGGGCGCUACCUGGAGCUGGAAUUCUGCGUGAAACACAGGAGCUGUCCUCCAGGCUCGGGAGUGGUGCAGGCUGGAACCCCAGAGCGAAACACAGUUUGCAAAAGAUGUCCAGAUGGGUUCUUCUCAAAUGAAACGUCAUCAAAAGCCCCCUGUAGGAAACACACGAACUGCAGCGCACUUGGCCUUUUGCUGAUUCAUAAAGGAAAUGCGUCACAUGACAAUGUUUGUUCCAGAAACAGAGAAGCAGCACAAAAAUGUGGAAUAGAUGUCACCCUAUGCGAAGAGGCAUUCUUCAGGUUUGCUGUUCCUACCAAGAUUACACCAAAUUGGCUUACUGUUCUCCUGGACAAUUUGCCUGGGACAAAAGUCAACGCAGAGAGUGUAGAGAGGAUAAAACAGCGGCACAGCUCGCAGGAACACACUUUCCAGCUACUAAAGCUCUGGAAGCAUCAAAACAAAGAUCAAGAUAUGGUGAAGAAGAUCAUCCAAGACAUUGACCUCUGUGAAAGCAGUGUGCAGCGGCACAUCGGCCAUGCAAACCUCACGACAGAGCAGCUUCGCAUCUUGAUGGAGAGCUUGCCUGGGAAAAAAAUUGUCCCAGAGGACAUUGAGAGAACGAGGAAGACCUGCAAGCCGAGCGAGCAGCUCCCGAAGCUACUCAGCUUAUGGAGAAUCAAAAAUGGGGACCAAGACACCUUGAAGGGCCUGAUGUAUGCACUCAAGCACUUGAAAACGUACCACUUUCCCAAGACGGUCACCCACAGCCUGAGGAAGACCAUCAGGUUCUUACACAGCUUCACCAUGUACAGACUGUAUCAGAAGCUAUUUUUAGACAUGAUAGGGAACCAGGUCCAAUCAGUGAAAAUAAGCUGCUUAUAACUAGAAAU